AUGGAGGUCAGAGAAUGGGAAGAGACAGCUGAAGGAGGUCCAUUGACAAACUGGAGCUAUAGUUGGCACCUUUUUGUGUACCAAAGUGGGCCGCAUAUUCCUGCUUCAGUACUUGACGUCUCGUACCAGAUGCCAUGCCAGCAAGUUUGGGACAUCAUGCAAGCUGCCUCCGACUCGACACAUUUCUACAUUGAAGUAUGUGUCAUCACGACCACCCAACACAUCAAUGCCACAACCGCAGUCACCGCCCACCACAUGCACCCGCCCUACAAGAAACGAGGCACCGCACCCCUAAACGUACUGGCUAGCAUCGUGCUCGCGGGCGUCCCCCAAAUCCGAUGUCAAUACCACCCGGUUCAGCAGCUUGCACAUACUGUGACAUCCACCAACGCAGAGACCUCCCAUAAUUGCCCCACUGGCCGACCAGCCCAGCAUCUAAGCAUAUCGAGUGACUCUCAACGCCUCGAACAACACAACAACCCCCCACACCACACGAGCAGAGCGCUAAAUCAAGCGCCACUUCAACAAGCGGGUCCCAUAGCUCAGUUGUCGAGGGUUCGACCCCCUCUGGGACCAUCUUUUUGCCUCCUGCGCAUUCUCUUUUGCAGGUUUACAGUGAUGGGUAACCUGCUGUAUGUUGCCGACGUGUUCAGAUCAAUUGAGAUGGGGCAAGAGUGGUGGAUUUCUCGCAUCUAG